UUGAGCAUUGUUAUUUGUGGUUAUAAUAAGAGAAUUGUAAAGCCAUGUCUCUUAAAGGAAAAAUUGAGAGUGAAAUAGUAAUAAACACACCUCCCCACAGAUUUUACAAACUAUUCAAAGAAGAAAUUUUCGACAUUCCAAAAGCUUGUCCAAAGUUAGUCCAAAAGAUUAAUAUUCAUGGUGGGGAUUGGAGCAAACACGGUCACGGUUCGAUCAAGACUUGGCAUUACACUUUAGAUGACGACAAAGCUGAAGUUUUCAAGGAACGAGUGGAACUUGAUGACAAGAACCUAGUGAUAAAACUAAUUGGAUUGGAAGGAGACUUGUUUGAGCAUUAUAAAAGCUUCAAUGAAACAUAUAAAGUUGUGAAAAAGGGACCUGGUCAGUGUGCCAUAAUUCUUACCUUAGAGUAUGAGAAACUUCACGAUUGUUCUCCAUCCCCUCAAAAGUACUAUGAUGCUAUGAUUAACCUUGUCAAGAGCAUUGAAUCACAUCUUAAAAAAUAAUGUUUCUUCUGCGCCCAUGAGCGACCCUUUAUGAUAUAUGAAUAAGUAAUGUCAUCGUAGAGGUGAUUGAGGAUUUUGUGAAAGUAAAUAAAUGGUUAUAUCCUCAUGUUAAAUGGAUGAAAUAAUAUAUUGUACUACUGAAGAAAUAUAUAUAACUUCCGUUAUGUUUGAAAAUAA